AAGGGAUAAAAAAAAGUAGAUAAUGGAAUAUUGAGAUAUUUUUAUUUUAUUAUUUUCUUAAAAGUUUGGAUUCUGGUCUAUAAAGAUGGAAUAGCACAACUUCAUAGCUUCAUAGCACCAAACAGAAGCACUCUGUUCUCUCUGUUCACAUUUUACAGUUCACAUUACAUUCACUUGGCUUUUGUUUCUGUAUCCAUGCUUCCAACUGUAGAAGCUUAUUCACUGUUCUCUGCAACAUCAUUUCUUACAUAUUCUAUUGCCGUAGACAAAUUUCUAUUCCCCUUUCAGUGAAACACAUAACACGAGUUGUUGUUUCUUUCUGCAUCAACCCUUCAAGCAAUGGACUCCUUCAGUUUCAAUAACCUUCAAACAGAGAAAGCCAACGCCAUCCUCAAACACCGCAAGCUUCGAAGGGUCGCAAGCUUGUUCCGAAUCAUCGAAGUGUGUGCGGUUUUGGUCUUGGUUUCAAGGUUCUCCAUGCAGCUUCCGGUUGCAGUGAGAAACUCCGGCGAGUAUUUCAGAGACUUGUCACUCUUCAUGAACAGUCCUCGCUUUGUCUUCCUCGUCGGAAACAUCAUAAUCAUCGCACUCUUCGCGCAGUUCUCCGCUCAGGGUAACAACGUUGUUCCGGAGCCCAAUCUGUACCAAGAGUUUAUUCAAAACACAACAAAAAACCAAGAAGCUGUGGCAGAGUAUAGCAGAAAGAAACAGAGGAUGAAAACAGGGGAAAAAAAUAUCAGUUUGGAAAAAGGUUAUAGAAGGUGCGAGACAGAGAUUUUGAGGCAGAAACGACGCCGUGUGUUGCGUAGAUGUGAGACUGAGAAGGAAAGGAAGAAGAUUGAAGGUGUUCCUGUUGAAGAAGUGGCGCGAAUUUCUUGCCCUGAAGAUGGAAUGACCAACGAGGAAUUUCGUCGCACUGUGGAGGCUUUCAUUGCCAGGGAACAGAGGAUUCGAAGAGAAGAAGAUCAUUACUUAAUGUAAAAAAAAAUAAAAAUUAUAUAUGUAUAUUUUAAAAAGUGUGUAAAUAAAGUAAUAAAUAAUAACUUUUAUAAAUGAUGGGAAUUUGAAUAAAUUACGUAGAAAGAGAGAUUCAUUUUACAAUAAUAUUAAUCAUUAUUUGUGAGAUAA